CGCUGCUGUCUGAGGGACGCAGGGAAUAUAAACCAGGCCACAGGAGGCUGACAACAGAUACUGGAUCAUUUUAACUUAGCAAUAAAAUCUAAAUUCCGUAUUUUGCUACUUCUGGAUUAUCAUUGACAUCAUCAUCGUUGAAAACUGGGAGAACAAAUGACAAUGGUGCUCAUGAAGUCAGGCUGGCUGUGGAGACAAACGUCUGUCCUGAAACGCUGGAAGUUAAACUGGUGCGACCUCUGGAUCGACGGGAGCCUCUGCUUCUACAAGGCCGAGAGCCGGCGUGAGCUGGAGCACCGCGUCGGCCUGAAGACCACGUGUGAGGACGUGCGGUCUGGCCUGGAGUGUGGAGGUGUGACUCCACCGGAGAGCAAUCCCAGAGACAACCUCAUCGUGGUUCAGCUCAGAGACGGAUCAACGAUCAACCUGUGUUCGAACAGCGAGGAUGAGUCAAUAGCAUGGAAACUGACUCUGCUGGAGACCAGGAGAAACCCGGUUUUCACAUACGACCCCUAUGAAGACUCCUACCAGGCCAUCCCGAUCAACGGCUACCACACUGUGUACAUCACGCCUGGAGCCGGACCAGGCACCCAUCAGGUGGUCGUCCAGAGGGACCCGUUUGACGGAGUGGUGGAGAAUCUGGCUCUGGGAAUGCUGGCAGGGAUGGCAGCAGGAGCAGCCAUGAGAUCCUUCCUCUGGAUGCCCCUGUUUCUCUGCUGA